UCCCUCCUCGGCGGGAUUUUAUGGAAACGUCGUAAUAAACGCUCCGAAACUGCCGGGGCCUCGCCGAAUUCUCCGCUUUCCCGUCGCGCGCGAGAAACGUCGCUACUGAAUCAUUUCACCUUACUUCCGAUCCAGCCGGUCAGGAGGGGUCGGGAGGGGAGCGGCACGAGGAGGGCGCGAGCGCGCACACUCGCACGCGCGCGACAAAAAGGAGAAGAAAGGCAGCGGGAGGAGGAAAAAAAAAGAAAAAGAAAACGAAGAAACGAGAGAGGAAGAAAAGGGAAAAACGUCAACGAACCGGUGUCGGUGGCGCCUGCGCGAGUAUGCAUCGCGGAGUACGCUCUCACGGCGUGGCGCCGCGACGCCAGGCGUCGUCAGUAGCACGGCGUGCGCCGUCACGCUCGCAUGUAAUACCUUCACUUAGUCGCGCGUGCACAUGUAGUGUGCACCUCCUCGCCCGGACAGCUCGAGCUUCGCUUCUUCUGCGCGAAGGGCCGAUAAUCGCUGAGGGCACGAGGACGAGAAUCCGACCGACCCCAGGAGAGCCGCCGCCGCCGCCACCGCCAAAUCGCCGGCGCGAAGAUGCACGCCGAGGGCCCGGGUUUGGCGACCGCGAGGAGAUCGGCCGGCCGGAAAUGACGUAUGUGUGAGAGAAAUGGACGUGCAUCGUCGGUGUUAGUUGAGUCGGCCGGCGACACCCGCGAGCCGCGAGCGAUAUUCGUCGGCCGGGAAGAACGGACGGGUCAAGUAGAUGAGCGACCGAGCGAGGAGCACGCCGAAGAUCGCAUCGGUUUAAUUAUGAAGCCACGCCGAAAGUGCGAGCGCGCCGGUGUCGAGAUCGAAACUACUGCCAAUUGCAGGCUCCGGUGUUUGAAGUUCAGCAUCGCUCAACGCUGGAGGCCUCGCGGAGGCGCGGCGGAAUAGCAGCGUCGAAGAGCUGUCGCCCAGGAACUUAGGACGUAGAAGCGGAAACGCGCGCUCGGCGGCGAGGAGCGGAGGAUGUUGCAGAUCGAGGAGGAGAAAUGAGCGACCGGACUGGACGGGGACUUAUCCAGCCUCGAGACUGGACAUUCUCGAGGACAUUCCCAUAGAGAGAAAUACUUCGCCCGCGUCCCGCGCUGCAUAAUCCCGCGGACAGCCCCGAACGAAGGCGCGACUGUUAAUUGACCAGUCGCGCGCGCUAUUAGCGGCCGAAGAACGGCUCUCGACUUUCGUUAAUCGUCGUGCAGACUCCAAGCGGGACACCGGCGGUGCCGCGACGCGCCGCUUGGAGAACGUUUCCGGCCGAGCGUCGACGUCGACGUCGUCGUCGUCGUCCUCUCUGUUCCUCCCCCACCCCCCCUCUCUCUCUCUCUCUCUCUUUUUCUCUCUUGAGCGCCAGCCCCCCUCCCGGUAUUCAAUGCGCGAAACGUGCGCGUCCGUGGUUCUCGUGCCGGAAUAAAUCGCGAUAAAUCGCCGGUUCGUGCGAGCGGCGAAGCACGUGUCACACUUCCACGGUAAUUCCGCGCCGAUGUUGAACCCGUUCUCGUGUGGCCGUUCGUCUAGAAUUAUUACUGGUUUAUUACCGGCCGCGCGCCACCGCCUUGUGCCACGCUGUGGCAGCUGUUGGCAGCUGGGACGUUUCACCUUCUUGUUGCACGUCAGCCGUUCGUACCAGUUGCGACUCCUAGAUAGGCCAGCCACGGGCUCUGUGAUCCUGUUGAGAGACGUUCCGGAGUAGGACACGUCGCGCCAACGUUCUUUCAUACGUACACGCAGGAAUCGCGUCGAGUCAUGUACAAUGUCGCCGCUCGCAAAUAGGUUAGCGGGCUAAUCGGAGGGAAGGAAGACAAUAUAUCGCCCCGGCGAGAGGCGCGCUUCCCAUUGCAUCGAGUUGCAUUAUGACAGUUCAGACUGGACUCGCCGAGGCGGUGGACGGUCCGCGUCGCUGCCGGUCGAACGUCGCCGGCAUCGAUCUGUGAAAGUGUGGUGAGAAAAUUGUGAAAAAAUUGUGGAAUUUACGCGCAGUCGGCUGUCCCGAUCGAAGUGGAAGAUUCUUGGAAUUGGCGGCACCCGACAUGGCGUCUGGCCAGGAAGGCAAGGAAUCCCCCAGGGCAGCGCAGAAGCUGAAUCUGUCGUCGAGCCCGCACCGGAGACGACGUUCCGGGGACGAGAACAUCGGACCUGACGAGCUGCCCAUUUUUCCCAAUGGAUACGCCGCGCUCCUUCUCAAGUCGCCACCUCCGGCACCCCCCGCGCUUCUCAGGAGGAUAGGCGUAAAAGAACUCACCGGGGUCGGCAAGGUGAAAGUCAUGCUGAGAGUGUCAUCCGGAGAUGGAGGGAGCUUCUUCAAUGCGGACAAACGGAAAAAGCAAGUCACCUUAGUGGACCCAGCUUCUGGACAAUCCUCAUCGGCAGAGGAUCGCAGACCCACUGUAGCGGCGCCGAAGAUGUUCGCGUUCGAUGCCAUCUUCACCGAGGAGGACUCCCAAACUGAGAUCUGCUCGAGCGCUCUCACGGACGUGAUUCACGCCGUCAUCAAUGGAACGGACGGUUGCCUCUUUUGCUUCGGACACGCUGGUUUGGGCAAGUCUCACACCAUGCUGGGGACUCCGGAAGCCGGUCACACACUAGGCGCGAUCCCUUGCGCCAUAGCAUGGCUUUUCCGCGGCAUUUCCGAGCAACGGCAGAGAACCGGCGCCAGGUUCAGCGUCAGGGUCAGCUGCGUGGAAUUGACCACCGGCCAGCAACAACUGAGGGACUUGCUUGCGGCGCACGCGAACGACUCGGAGCAGUCGCCGGCCGUGUACCUCAGAGACGACCCGCUGUUUGGCACCCUUCAAUUGCAGCAGCACAGCGAGCUGCGCGCGCCGACAGCCGAACGUGCGGCUUUCUACCUUGACGCGGCGGUCGCCGGUCGUCAACGGGAAGACGGCGACGCGCACAUGCUCUACACGUUGCACGUGUACCAGUACAGCGUCGCCGGCAAAGGUGGAGUCGCCGGUGGCAGGAGUCGGCUGCACCUGAUGGACCUGGGGAACUCCGAUCGCGGCAAGUCCUCGGGCGGGAUUCCCCUCUCGGGCCUGGGCAACAUUCUUCUCGCGAUCUUCAACGGCCAGAAGCACUUGCCGUACAAGGAACACAAGCUCACGCAACUACUCAAGGAGUGCCUCGGCUCAUUGACCUGCCACGCCGCCAUGAUAGCCCACGUGUCCCCCAACGCCCAGCACUACACCGAGACAUUGACCACCGUUCAGCUGGCCUCGAGGAUCCACCGGAUGCGCCGGCGGAAGAUCAAGUUCGUCGGCGGUGGCACUCAGGGCACCGGCAGCGGCGGCAGUUCCGGCGAGGAGGCGGCCCGGCAGAACAGCGAGUGCGACCCGAGCUCGAGCGACCUGUCGGCCGACACGGUGAUCUACGUCGGGCCGAGCGCGGACGACGCCACUGACGGCGAGCACCCGCCCGUCUACAUACCCAGCUUGAACUCGGGCGACAAUCGCUGCGCCAUGGGCAGGGUGCUGCGCGGCUCCGCCGCCGAGAGACCGAGCAAGAUCCCGGAGGAGCGCAGCCCGGCGCACAAGUCCUCGAAGACGGUGAAGACGCUGACGCAGACCGCGUCGAAGCAGACCUCGCCGGCGCACAGCGCCACGCCGAAGGCCAGCCCGGCCAGGAAGAACUCCUCGUCGAAGACGAGCGCCUCGGCGUCCAAGGUCGGCGACUCGCCGAACAGCAAGAUCCCGGUGGCAGCGCCGAGCGGCGGCUCCGACGAGCAGUGGAUCGACGGACCAAGGAUCUCCAAGUCGAAAGUCGCCGAGGCCAGACACAUGCUGAAGGAUCCCCAUCAUAAGCGCGAGACAUGGAUCGACGGGCCGAUGCAGCUGACGGGCGCGGCCCCGCUGCAGCUGCACGCUCAUCAGCACUCGUCCUCCGGUUACGGCUUCAUGGACAGCCACAAGAAGAGCAUGAUCAGGAAGUGGGUGGAGAAUCAGUCGUCGCAAAUACAGAGGGCGAAGCACGCCGCAUCGCGAGCCGAAGCCUCCAAGAUGUCCUCCGGCCAGUCGUCCGGCCAGUUCAAGGAACUCACGACCUUCAAAACCUGCGGCGGCAUGGACGACGACGACACGUCCUUGUCGACCGCGGAGAGCGACAGCCUCAAGGCGAACGAGAUCGAGGACAUCACGGAGAAGCUGAGCGCCAAACUGAAUCUGCUUAACGUCAAGUCCAACACGGACUCGGGAUUGGAUCUGACGGCCAGCCCGGUGAUGGACGACAGCAUCGAGAAGGCGAAGCUCGAUCUGCCGGACGACGAAGAUGACGACGAGGAAAUCGUCGUGCCGCCGCCGUUGCCGCUCAUCGAGCCGCUUAGCAACGGAGUCAGCAGAGAGGUCUCUAUGGAGAGCCUGAAUCUGUCGCACAAGGACAUCGUGCUGCCUUCCAGGCACUCGUUGUCCUCCGAAGACGAGAUCCUGGAGAUCGUCGAGGUGGAGGACUUGGAACCCGUGCCCAUGCAGGACUCGUGUCUACAGGUGACCGAGGAGGACAUCGCGCUCUGCAUGGGCGAGAAUCCUCUGCCCGAAAGCGAUCAGGAGGAACAUCCUUUGAGGAUCCUUAGCCAAGAGAAUCUCACCGUGGUGUCCACCUUCACCGACUCCAUGUCGGUGAUGUCGGACACGGAGAGAUACAGACCGCACUACCCGCCGCCGGUUAGCGCGGGUGUCUUGCCAAGGCCGUACUUUGACCACGAGGACUUUCUGGAGCAGGAGACCAGGCACAAGUUCGACCAGUUGGCCCGCCUGCACGAGCUUUACCAGAGCAAACUCGCGCUCGCCAAUGUUUCCAACUCCGUGACUUAUCAGAGGGAGAACUCUUCCACCGUCAACGUGCGAGACGCUCCAUCAGCGACCGUCUUCCGUCCGCCGUCUCGGUGUCAGUCCUUGUCCCUUUCGGAUGUGUUAUUCAACGACAACGCGAGCAAUCACGGCAGCAUCUACAGCGAACCCGCGUACAUAGCUGGCAAGUCCGAUCAGGAGAAGAUCUGCGAUAAUUGCCGUCAGAGUAUGUCUAGGCCGGCCACGGCCUCUUACUGGUAUCCGAGCAGCGUCGCCCACCUCGCCAGCCCCAGGAGGUACUGCGGCAAGUUGGGCGACUGCAACAUCUCCAGUCUCAGGCACCCGGAUGGCGCUUCGAACCCCAAUCUCAAGGAGGAGAUCGAGAGGAUACCCGGAAACGGAGCGUCCGGCUCGGAUCCUGAAGAGGAGUACAUCGAGGCGAAGAAGCUGUUCACAGCUGCUGAGAGGUCCGAAAGAACGGUUACGGGAAAGUCCGACAUUGAGGAAGAUUUGAAGAUUCAAGGCGCAGCGCCUUUGCAACUGCCCAUGCCGUCUCCGGCGCCGUCCUCCGGACGAAUGCAGCGCAAGAUACUCAGCCUCGGCUCCUCUUUCGGCCUGAACAAGGAAGGCUCCGAUUCCGGCGCGGACUCGACCCCGCGCGCGGCCAAACUGUCACCGGCUACGCUGUCCAGACAUCGCGCCGAGAGCUCCGGUUACGACAGUAUCGUCAGGGACAGCGAGACGAGCAGCAUUGCCAGCGAUUCGUCCCGACAAACUGGCGCGUUGCAGGAGCAUCAAGCGGUGGAACGGCGGGCGGCAGGGUACGGGCCACGGCGGUCGCGGGCCCACUGCCGGGCCCAGCCGGGGCCGCCCGCGGCGGCGGGGAUUCUCGCAUACACAGGCGAGGACGUGGACAUCCUGGACAGGCGCGCGCGGCUGCGCUCGGAUCCACGUGGCACGAUGUCCAGGAUACACAGCCUUCGCCUGCGCCAGCGCCUUCUUAGGCUGGAACUGCGCGACGCUAAAAGGCGCCUAAUGGUGCCCGACACUCGCUGGAGUUACGAUCUGCACGUGGAGGACAGUAUGGACUGGCGGGAUCCGUCAUUCUUAGAAGCUCUGACGGCCGAGACGUGCAUCCUGCAAAAGAGGGUGGAGGCCUGUAAGAGCCACGUUCUUCUGGUCACCUGCUUCGACUCCUGCCCUCAGCAACAGUACGUUCGGCAUGCCGUGACAUCGGCUGAAAUAAAAAGCACCUAACGUAGACUCCGAUCAGCACGCACGACCGCGUGUUGAUCACCGAUCCCGCCCACCCACCUACGAAUUUAAUCGUUGAAACGAGACGAGCGAGGUCGCCGAGUGGAGUGAAUUAACGGGGAAUGGCGUCGAUGUCGCUCGACUCCGUCCAGUAGUUGUUAAUGAUAUUGUGGUAUCGUCAUCGUCAUCGUACGUCGUCAACUAAUUGUUAAGCCUAAACGGUACCGGCAAGAUUAAAUGAGGAGUAUAUAAGAGCCUAAGAUAAUGAUUUUCACAGAAGUAUCGCACACGUACACGCACACGCACGUGUCUUAUCGAGGUUAUAAGAAUUUAUAUCGGCAAAAGGUGUAUUCGUGUUAGAGAGAGAGAGAGAGAGAGAGA